CCUCUUUCUUUUCAAACCCUAGAUCCAGGGUUUUAUUUCAGCAUCUCCCUCUCUCCCUGUCCCUCUUUAAUUUUUUUCAAAUUUUUUUCCUUUUUUUUUUCUACAUCUCCAAACCUAAAGAGGAAGAACAAAACCCAUUUUUGUUCGAAGCUGAAAGGAUGGGUGAAAUAAAGGACAACGACGCUUACGAGGAAGAGCUUCUGGACUACGAAGAAGAAGAUGAAAAAGCCCCUGACUCGGUCUCCGCUAAGGCCGCUGAUUCUGCCAAGAAGGGGUAUGUUGGAAUUCACAGUUCGGGAUUCAGAGACUUCCUGCUGAAACCAGAGCUGCUUCGCUCUAUUGUGGAUUCUGGAUUUGAACAUCCAUCCGAAGUUCAACAUGAGUGCAUCCCUCAAGCUAUUCUGGGAAUGGAUGUCAUUUGCCAAGCAAAAUCUGGGAUGGGGAAAACAGCUGUUUUUGUUCUAUCAACUCUUCAGCAAAUCGAGCCAGUUGCUGGUCAAGUUGCGGCUCUUGUUCUAUGCCAUACAAGAGAAUUAGCUUACCAGAUUUGCCACGAGUUUGAGAGGUUCAGUACUUAUUUGCCAGAUAUUAAAGUUUCUGUCUUCUAUGGUGGUGUCAAUAUCAAGGUUCACAAGGAUUUGCUAAAGAAUGAAUGUCCCCAUAUUGUUGUUGGAACACCUGGAAGGAUAUUGGCUCUUGCUAGGGAUAAAGAUCUUAGUUUGAAGAACGUGAGGCAUUUUAUACUUGAUGAAUGUGACAAGAUGCUUGAGUCACUUGACAUGAGGAGAGAUGUGCAAGAGAUCUUCAAGAUGACCCCACAUGAUAAGCAAGUUAUGAUGUUUUCAGCUACACUUAGCAAGGAAAUUCGACCUGUGUGCAAAAAAUUUAUGCAAGAUCCAAUGGAAAUUUAUGUUGAUGAUGAAGCCAAGUUGACUCUUCAUGGUCUGGUACAGCAUUAUAUUAAAUUGGGUGAGUUAGAGAAAAAUCGCAAGUUGAAUGACCUCCUUGAUGCCUUGGAUUUCAACCAAGUAGUCAUUUUUGUUAAAAGUGUGAGCAGAGCAGCUGAGCUCAACAAGUUACUGGUGGAGUGCAAUUUCCCCUCUAUUUGCAUCCACUCUGGAAUGUCCCAGGAAGAAAGGUUGACACGAUAUAAGAGUUUCAAGGAGGGGCACAAAAGAAUUCUUGUGGCAACAGAUUUAGUUGGAAGGGGAAUUGAUAUUGAGCGUGUGAACAUUGUAAUCAACUAUGACAUGCCAGACUCUGCUGAUACCUACUUGCACAGGGUGGGUAGAGCUGGUAGAUUUGGCACCAAGGGUCUUGCAAUUACGUUUGUCUCAUCUUCAUCUGACUCUGAUGUCCUGAAUCAGGUUCAGGCAAGGUUUGAGGUGGAUAUAAAGGAGCUUCCUGAGCAAAUUGAUACUUCUACAUACAUGCCUUCAUGAUUGACGUUCUUGGUGUUAGAGAUCGAAGCGAUUUGGCUGAUUUAGAGUUUCUGGCGAUAAAGGGGGUGUGCCGGAACUUGAUUAAUUGUUGUAAACUCUAGGGUGUUUCUGUUUAAGCUUAAUGUUACUAGGUGAAAAGAAACAUCUGCUCAACUUAUUAUCAUCAUUUUUGUUUUCUAGUACACUGUUGCUCACGUUAAUUAUGAUGGUUGGACUGUAAUCUGUAUUACAGUUGGUGGAUUGAAGUUAAAAUCCCUCCUAAUAGUGAAAUUUUUCUGUCACCUGGAAAAUUUUUUCGAUGUUUUCA